GCAACAUUGUCGGUGAGGCAACCACUAUUCCUACACAGCUAGCAGACAUGUCAUCUGUCAUGGUGACUCCGCCGCAGUAGCUCCUCUGUCCCCCGAGCAUUUCCUGGGACUCACAGUCAAAGCAGCACACCAUCCGUCCCUAUUUUGCAGAAACAUAAAACUGUCAAACCCCGCGACCCUGCGGAUCAGAGAGACUUUGAUCCCGGACCACUGGGGAGCUAGCGUUAGCCGCUAGUGAGCUUCACAAAGUCCGACAGCCCACUCGUUCUGAACAUGUCCGCGGCCGGGGACUUUGGGAACCCUCUGAGGAAGUUUAAACUGGUUUUCCUCGGGGAGCAGAGUGUGGGGAAGACAUCCCUGAUCACCAGGUUCAUGUAUGACAGCUUUGAUAACACUUACCAGGCGACCAUCGGAAUAGACUUCCUGUCCAAAACGAUGUACCUUGAAGACAGAACGAUCCGGCUCCAGCUCUGGGACACGGCCGGCCAGGAGCGUUUCAGGAGCCUCAUCCCGAGCUACAUCAGAGACUCUGCUGCCGCCGUGGUGGUGUACGACAUUACAAACGUCAACUCUUUCCAGCAGACCACAAAGUGGAUUGAUGAUGUCAGAACCGAGAGGGGAAGUGAUGUCAUCAUCAUGCUGGUCGGAAACAAGACGGAUCUGGCCGACAAACGACAGAUAACGACAGAGGAGGGCGAGCAAAAAGCGAAAGACAUGAAUGUUCUGUUUAUUGAAACAAGUGCAAAGACAGGCUACAAUGUCAAACAGCUGUUCAGACGCGUGGCAGCCGCUCUGCCCGGGAUGGACGCCACUCAGGACAAGAGCAGAGAAGACAUGAUUGACAUCAAGCUGGAGAAGCCACCCGAUCAGCCAGUCAGCGAGGGAGGCUGCGCGUGCUAAGCCCCGCCCCUGGAUCCUUCCAAACUGCUCCGAUGUCUUCUUAAAGCCUGUCUUUAUCUCUCUCUCUCCUGCUCUUCACCCCUCAACCCCCCCAAGACUGACCCAUGACACUACACCUGGUGUUCCCCGGCGAGAUCACACCUUCAUGUUGUUAAGUGUUAGCCACGCCCACUUUGGAUUGACCAAUGGAUGGUCACCUGGAUGACUUUAUGCAAUGCUUCGGAAAUGAGUGUUUACAAUAUGUGAGCCCCGCCCCCUUUACAUUGGCCGCGUUAGACGGGCUUAGAGGCGGAGAAGGUGCGACGUGUCGUUUGAGUGACACUGAGCUUCCUGUAGGCUCGCUUCACAAGACGAUCAAAACGUUAGGCAUCACAAGUCACUCGAUUUGGUGUGUGCUUAUGUUAAGCUAAAGUAACGAAAUCACAGUACGUAUACACAAAACGCUGUGACCUUGUUUGUGCCGACAACUCAUUACUGCAAACAAUAUUUGUUUCCAUACUUAUUUUGUAGCGUGUAAGACGAGUAAGACGAAAUAGAAGGUGAUGGAGGAUGGCUGUCCGUCCAGUGCUCAGACGUAGGUUAGGGUGGGGGUGAUAUGGUCUCCCUAUGAGACGGCAGCUCCUCUCUGCUACGCCCUGAUGACUCACCCAGUCACACCCCAGCAAUGCUGCAACACACUCACACACUCAAACACACAACUUCCCCCCAAACACAGAGCUAGACAACUCCCCCCCUACACAUACACACACACACAAACACACACAGACAGAACAGAACACACAACAAAGAAGAGGGAAAUAUAAGGUUAUCUCCUCAUAGAUAGGUAAAGUAAAACUGCACCUUGGCUGCCAUUUUCUACAUAUAUUUUCUCUUUUUUUUCAAAACUAUCCCUUUUUUCUAAAGACGAGGGUAAAGUUGUACGACUAGGGUGUAAGGAGGAUGUUUCACAGUAAGAGUCCUAAUGAGAGCCGAGGCCAAGGUAAAGGUAGAGAUCAUGUGUGAGUAGAGUACUCUAGUUCGGUCCUGUUUGCUAUAGAGCUGUAUGAACACAUCAAAAAUCGUUUGUUUUGUUUGGAUUUGUUUUGAAUAUAUUUUUGUUAGUGAUUAUACUACACAUUGUAUUUAAUCCAUAAUGACUUGUAAUAUUUAUUUCUACUGGUUUCCUUUUCUUUUCUUUUUUUUAUGGCUGUUAAUAUUUUUCUCGGUGGAUCCUAAAGGAUUUACUAAAUUCUGUAAUCCCGCUCUAAUCCAGUGGCGGCCGCCGGCCAUGUACCGCCACUGCGUCGCCUCCAUCAAGGCUGGAAAUACACACUGCAAUGUGUAGGAAAUAAUUUCGGUAGCUUCUUUGAUUCAUUUAGUCCUUUAAUGUUUCUGUCUGUAAUGGUUUUAAAUUGAAAUAAAAAACAUAAGCACAUUUGUCAUUGCUGCUGAACUGAA